GACCAUAAGUACGCCGCUUGUGGGAGCUUUAACUUGCUCUAAAUUUCCCGUCGCUCCCCAUUGAUUUCUCGCAGGAGGCACAGAGAGAUGUCUUAAAAACCAAUCUAGUUGCUGCGCCAAAAGCACCACCAGAUUUGCGUAAAACCCACUUGAUUGCUUCACCUUCCUCUCUCCCUUUCUCUCUCUAUCUCUGUGCUUAACUUGGAUCCUAAGUAUGAUUCAGAUCCCUCCUCCUGGCUCUUGAAAUUGACUUAAGCCGGUUCUUGAUCAUUGUUCUUGCAUUCGCAGCUCGCCGGGCGCCCGAGAACAGCGCAUAAAUCCCCAUCCGAACCUCUCUCAUUCACUAGCUCAUAUCGUUGUCCUUACAGUUAUCCUUUUUCUCUGCGAAGAAUGGGGAGACAUUCUUGCUGCGUGAAGCAGAAGCUGAGAAAAGGGCUGUGGUCGCCCGAGGAAGAUGAGAAGCUCUUCAACUACAUCACCCGGUACGGCGUCGGCUGCUGGAGCUCUGUGCCGAAGCUUGCCGGACUCCAAAGAUGUGGGAAGAGUUGCAGGCUGAGGUGGAUAAACUACCUGAGGCCUGACCUCAAGAGAGGGAUGUUCUCUCAAGAGGAGGAGGAUCUCAUUGUAAGUCUCCACAAAGUUCUUGGAAACAGGUGGGCUCAGAUUGCGGCGCAAUUGCCGGGGAGAACCGACAACGAGAUAAAGAACUUCUGGAACUCCUGUUUGAAGAAGAAGCUGAUGAAGCAAGGCAUCGACCCGGCGACCCACCAGCUGAUCAGCGAGGUCCAACUGAUCAAAGAAGAGAAGUGCGCCGAGAACAAGUCCUUGGAAGUGCCACAGCUCAAGGGACUCAUCCCGGCCAUAUCGAGUUUGCGAGCGCACGAGCCGGCGUUUCUAAUGAACGACCCUUACUAUGAAGGCGGAACGCUAAUAGAAGCAUCCAGAGAGUCUGCCGAUAAUAAUAACUAUAUGAUCAGGCCGGUUUUCGAUUCAUUACCCAACUUUGAAUUCCAGUCCGGGCUCGACCUGGUCAGCUUUAAUUCCAAUCUUCUGAGCAAUUACCACGAUCCUCCUAGAACCAUGGAUCAAAACCAUCUGGAGAUGAGUCCUCACUUUGAGUUUUCCUCGAUGCCGAGCCUGACUAAUUUUGACCACCCUGGCGGGACGAUGAGCGGGUCGGAGUUCUCCAACAAUACUAAUAAUAGCUCGAGCGUCGGCGGCAAUUACACAGGGUUCCAGAUGAGCAGCUCAGUUGAAAACGCCGCCUUCUCCUGGUGUUCUGGCGAGAACAAGUUGGACUGCUUGUUCCAGUACCAGGUCAAUGGGACAAGCAAGUGCGAAGAGCUGAAGCCACAAGGUCCAUGGCAAGAGGACCAGCUCCACAUCGGUCCUGUUAAUUCAUCGUCGGUAGACUUCGGUAGCUUUCAGCUGACAUCGCCAUCGGAGGAUCUAACUCCGCCGAAUUUUGACAUCUUUCAGCAGAUGUAAACUUGUACAUCCGGUCCAUCUCAUUUUUCCGUUUUCCGGUUUUGCUUAAAUCACAAAAGAUACACACAGAUGUCGAUAUAUACACACGAAAUCAUUCCCUAUUGAGAGUUGGAAAGGAGUUAAAUUUUUCUUUUUUCGUCUAUCCGAUGUUUCGGUACCCGGCAAUACAUCGCAAUGCGAAUGUCUCGGAAAUGCAGAUCUUGAAUGAUCUCGAUUUCAUUGUGUUUUCCAUUGAAAGAAAUAAGGAAAAAACACUUGGGAUUCUUCUU